AUGAAGACUGCUGCUACAAACAUUUGUGAAAGAAUGGGUCGCUCUCAGGAGCUCAGUGAAUUCAAGAGUGGUACUGUGAUAGAUUGUCACCUGUGCAAUAAGUCCAUCCUUGAAGUUUCCUUGCCACUAAAUAUUACACGCUCAACUGUUAGUGGUAUUAUAGCAAAGUGGAAGCAACUGGGAACAACAGCAACAUAAAAGGCCAUGUAAAAUGACAGAGCGGGUCAGCGCAUGCUGAAGAGCAAAGUGCACAGAAGUCGCCAACUGUCUGCAGAGUCAGGGUUCCACUGAAGGGAACUCUUAAGGUGUCAGCAUACCAAGACAUUUAGGACAAUUUCAUG